AUGAAGAUAGCGGUCAUCGGUUGCUCUCACGGAGAGUUGGAUCGGAUCUACGAAGACAUCACUCGUAUAGAGAGUGAGCAGAAGAUUGUGAUAGAUUUGGUGGUGAUUUGCGGUGACUUCCAGUCCGUCCGUAACGAACAUGACUUGCAAUGUAUGGCAGUUCCGGUCAAAUACCGGGAAUUGCGGACAUUUCACAAGUAUUACCGCCGAGUAGUGACGGCACCGAAGUUGACACUCUUCGUGGGCGGCAAUCACGAGGCGUCCAACUAUUUGCAGACACUGGGCUUCGGUGGUUGGGUUGCGGACAAUAUCUAUUACAUGGGUUACGCCUCUGUUGUCAACUUCAGAGGUGUGCGGAUCGGAGGCGUGUCUGGCAUUCAUCACAGGUUUGACGCCAAUUGCGGUCACUUUGAAAGACUGCCUUUCGAUGAGAGCUCGAAGCGAAGUAUCUAUCAUAUGAGACAAUCGGAUGUCUAUAAACUGAUGCAAUUGAACGCCGGAACCGAUGCCGACGACGGGAAGCAGACGUUGGAUGUGAUGAUAUCACACGACUGGCCCAUUAAUAUCCACAGCUGUGGUAACGUUCAGUAUUUGUUGCGGCGAAAGAAGCACUUCUUAAAUGACAUACAAAACAAUUGUUUGGGAAAUCCAUUACUUGAACCACUCGUCCGACACUUAAAGCCCAGACAUUGGUUUUCAGCACAUCUUCACGUGAGGUUUGAAGCGCUGGUCAAUCAUACGGAAGACCUUAAGGUUCAGACCCGCUUCUUAGCGCUCGACAAAGUGUUGCCAAACAGACAAUACAUGGAAAUCCUUGAUAUCGAGCCGUCGUUACCAUCGAGUAGUGAUUGUCUUGAAUACGACGCCGAGUGGUUGGCUAUACUUAAGUCGACCGACAAGUUGUUGAGUAUUGAUAGGAAGUGUUCAGUGCCUGCCAUGUGGUCCACUCUUCAUAAGGUGACCGAAAGCGAUAUAAAUGGUGUCAAACAACUCUUUGAUAAUGAUUUAGAGAUUCCCCAAAACUUUGAAGUGUCGGAACCGGCGCUCGAAGACAGUGAUAGUGACCCACAAAGGCUUCGUAAUUACACUAAUCCACGAACCGUUGAGUUUUGCAAAAGAUUGGGCAUAACUGAUCCCAUGGCAGCCAUUAUUGAGGCAUUGAAACCAUUGCCAAAUCCGGACCAGAUUUCCAUAAGUGAUGACGAAGAAGAUGAAGACGAAGAACAGACUCUUUAUGGCACGAGUGAUGACAACCCUCUUAAACGCCAUAAACCGGAGGACACUAUAGAUGGCGGAGAUUUGUUCUUCGUUGACAAGGGAACAGAACUACUGAAGAAGAUGAAGACGAAGAACAGACUCUUUAUGGCACGAGUGAUGACAACCCUCUUAAACGCCAUAAACCGGAGGACACUAUAG